CUCAUUUACUACAAUUCCAAUCCCAAUAAUCGCCUCUUUCUCCAUAUAUAGCCGCACUUGUUAACGAACAUUCUAUUUCUCUGAAUUCCAAGUUCCUCACUCAAAACACAUUCCGUAUAUAUGGCUGAAGCCGCCGAUACCAAAAAGAUCAUCGACCCCCGGGUGGAAAUCGACACUUCUCCGCCGUUCGAGUCCGUCAAGGAGGCUGUCGACCACUUCGGCGGCAGCGGCCCGUGGAUCCCUCCUCACUUAGUUGAUCUUCCCAGUCACAAGAACGAGGGGUUCAAUGCAGAGAAGAUCGAGGAACAGGCGGUUCAACUGGAGAGGGAUCUUAUAAUGAAAGAAAAACAAACACUGAGCGUCUUGAAUGAGCUCGAGGCAGCCAAAAGAUUCGUCCAAGACCUCAAACUGAAUCUCAUCCCGGAGUUCUCCUCCUUCAUCGACGAGAACCCGACGUGGCCCUCGCCCGGGCUCAUGUUCCGCGAGCUCAACCAAGCAAAGCUGAACCUGAGCAAAACGUCGGUUGAUCUCGCUGCAAUUCAAGCCUCUGUUGAGUCCCUCAACAAGAAUCUAAGAAAAGAUAAAAUUUUGCUUCACAGGGCAAACAUGAUGCAAAUGCAAGAGCAACAGAAUCAUCAUCUAACCCUGUCGAACCACGAACAGGCCAUCACGUUCGAGGCCGAGCAGUUCAAGAAGAUGACGGAGGCCUCAAGGUACGAGGUGAUGGAGGCGAUGGCGGAGAUAGAGCGCACAAAGGAUUGCAUCCGAAUGGCCGAGAUGAGGCUCAAUGCCGCCAAGAAGAUGGAGGACGCCGCCAAGGCUGUAGAGGCCAUCGCCCUCGUCCAAACCAACGCCAGCGAUGGGAUCACACUCUCCUUCGAGGAAUACAAAGCCCUGUCUCAGAAGGCCAAGCAAGCCAGCAUUGAGAAAUCCGAGGAUGAGGGCAAAUCCUCGGAGUUCUCAAUAGAGGAUAGAUUCUCAAGGACACAUGUGCAGCGUGGCUUUGCCAAGUUGAAGCUGAGGAACUCGCGCGGGGGAGGGGAGAGGAAGGAGAAGAAGGAGAUGAGGUCGAUGGCGGACGUGCUGAGUAGCAGCAGGAAGGUGGUGGUGGAGGACGAAGUGAUGACGGAGAGGCAUCAUGUGUCGUUGAGCCAAAUGCUGAGGGAACAGAGCAGGCUUAUUCUACAUCCGAAUAAGAGUGACGAUGGAGGACAAGGGAGUGUGCAUAAGCAAUACUUCAUUCAGAGGAAGAAAUUUGGGUUUAUUCAAGUGCCAAUUCCUACCAAGAAAAAGACUGCACCAUCUUAGUGCCUCACGUUGUUUGGAGUCUACUAUUUUUUUCUAUUACUAUGUUGGGUGUUUCUUGGGAUUUUUCUGUGUGACAUAUCUGGUAUCUCAUUCUUCUCUUGCUUGAGUUAUUUGCAA